AUGGCUUUGCGUCCCACUGUUCGCGUAUUCUCGCUCCUGAAAAAGCAAGUCGCAUUGCGACCCAUGCUAAAGGCCAAGAAGGGACAGGGUACUGCUGAACUGCUUGACGAAAACGACCCAGAACUCCUCGAAGCCGAAGAGCAAAGAGAGGCCGAAGAAACCUUGCUAAAGCAACAACAACAACAGCAAUCACAUUAUGCGGCAAAGGGUGACGAAAGCUUCAGUAAUCUGUACGACGCUCUUCUUGUCGAGACACAGGAUCCCAAAGACUUACACAACAUUCCCAAGCACUCGCGUCUGAACAACCUGAUACACCACAUCAACGAGCCCGAACAAGUCGAGAAAAUGCCAUUAUUGAUUGAACAGUGGCGCAACAAGCUCUUGCCCGUCACUGAAUACACCACCAAAAAGCUGCUGGAUACAUGUGCUCAGACACUGCGUGGUGAUAUUGCGUAUACGCUUUUGGGAGAUCGUCAGCGCUAUGGUUUGCUGCCAACAGUGGGCGAUUUUGAAAAGACGAUUGAGGCACUCGGUACGCAAUCCGAAAUGGACAAAGCAUUCAUUACAUUGGCCAUGGUGCCUCUGUAUAACUUUUCCCGGACCGGCUCCAUGUAUGCAUCGCUUGUGAACGGUUGCAUGGCCACGGAUACAGCUACAGAGAAUGAAAAGGUGUUGGAAGAUGCCCUUUCGGCUGCAGAAGAAUUGGUCUUGGACGAUAAGAUCGAAAACAAGGCUGAUGCAAAGGACUCGUUAGAAAAGCUUGCUGCCCGCUUUGGAGAAAAGGGAGAAAGCGAAAAGGCGGACAAGGUUAAGCAACUUGCUUCGUCCUUGUAA